UCGGGUAGAUCCGACUCCUCUCGGCUGCCUUGAGUUCUGGGUAUUGUAAAAGGUGCUGUGAAUUGGAGGAGGAGGAGGGGGGCAGAUUUGACAAAAUUCCCUCCCCGGGGUACAAUCUAGAGUCGCGGUGCUCGUAAUUUAAAGCACCUUUUACAUUUUAACAAAUUCACUUUUAUCGUUUUUAUUAAUUUAUUCAAAUUAUCUUAGUUUAUGCUUUACGUUAACAUUCUGGGAGGGCAGAAAUGGCGGCCAACAUGUACCGGGUCGGAGAUUAUGUUUUCUUUGAAAACUCCUCCAGUAACCCCUACCUGAUCCGCCGGAUAGAGGAACUCAACAAGACUGCUAGUGGAAAUGUGGAGGCCAAGGUGGUUUGUUUUUACAGAAGGAGAGACAUCUCUCACAGCCUCAUCCAGCUCGCAGAUAAACAUGCAAAGGAGUUGGAAGAGGAGAAGGAAAACCCAACAGAAACAGAGCUAACGGAUAAACAGAAACACCAGCUUCGCCACAGAGAGCUCUUCCUCUCCCGACAGUACGAGAGUUUACCUGCGACUCAUAUUAGGGGAAAGUGCAGUGUGGCGUUGUUGAAUGAGACUGAAUCCGUUCUUUCAUACCUUGACAAAGAGGAUACCUUCUUCUACUCGCUUGUGUACGACCCCACACAGAAGACUCUGCUGGCUGACAAAGGAGAGAUCCGAGUUGGACCGCGUUUUCAGGCAGAUGUACCUGAAAUGUUACAAGAGGGUGAGGCUGAUGAGAGGGACCAGUCUAAACUAGAAGAGAAGCUCUGGGAUCCAGAGUGUCCUCUCACUAACAAACAGAUAGACCAGUUCUUAGUGGUGGCACGAGCGGUUGGUACUUUUGCCCGAGCAUUAGACUGCAGCAGCUCAGUCAGACAGCCGAGCCUCCACAUGAGUGCAGCUGCAGCCUCGCGAGACAUCACACUGUUCCACGCGAUGGACACCCUGCAUCGCCAUAAUUACGAUCUGUCCAGUGCGCUGAGCGUCCUGGUCCCAGCGGGUGGUCCAGUACUAUGCAGGGAUGAGAUGGAGGAGUGGAGUGCCUCAGAAGCAGCCAUGUUUGAAGAGGCAUUAGAGAAAUAUGGGAAAGACUUCAACGACAUCCGACAAGAUUUUCUGCCAUGGAAGUCUCUGACCAGUAUCAUAGAGUACUACUACAUGUGGAAGACUACAGACAGAUAUGUGCAACAGAAGAGACUGAAGGCAGCUGAAGCGGAAAGCAAACUGAAGCAGGUUUAUAUUCCAACAUACAACAAACCCAACCCAAACCAGAUCUCUGUGACGAAUGGGAAGAUGGCGACGGUAAAUGGAGCGGGCCCCGGGGCCUUCCAUGCAGCAGCAGGAGGAGGAGGGGGCAGGGCCUGUGAGAGCUGCUACACCAUGCAGUCAGCUCAGUGGUACUCCUGGGGCCCUCCGAACAUGCAGUGCCGCCUGUGCGUUUCCUGCUGGAUGUACUGGAAGAAGUACGGGGGGCUGAAGAUGCCCAGCAGAGCCGAAGGUCCAGAGGAGAGAACCUCGCCCAGUCCAGCAAGCAAUGAGUCCCGCCCGAGGGGUCACACCGCUCGUCAGUCCAACCACAUGGUUCCGAUGCGAAACAGCGGCAGCCCCAAAUCCUCCAUGAAGACCAAGCAGGCUUUCCUGCUGCAGGCCACGCGCCUCACCAAGCUGGCUCGGCACAUGUGCCGUGACAUCAUCAAGCUGCGCCGUGCUGCGCGCCGCCCAUUUGUCCCCAUUAACUGUGGGGCCAUAAAGGCAGAGUACAUGUUAAGGGUGUCCGAAGGGCAGGGGACUCGCCUACCCAAAACCAGAGCCGCCCAAAGGAGCACUCUGACCAGUGUUCUGCAGUUUCUAGAGUCUCGUCCUGCAUCCCACGCCCCUCGCUCCCACCGCACCCCAGGCCUCCAGACGCCUCCCCCUCGUCGCCUCCUGUCCUCUCUUCCGCACGGGCCUCACGGCAUGCUGGGAAAACGCAGCUACCAUCACCACAGUAGGGCGGAGCCAGAGAGGCGCUCAGAGAACCCCGGUUCAACAGGUGGAGCUCUCAUGCACAAUGGCCGCAGCAGCAGCUCUGGAAACACACGGGGUGGAGUGAUGAUCCGCAAGAGACGCCCAAACUGGAUCGAUGCCCCUGAUGACAGCUUUUUCCUCGUCACCCGGGAGACCAGGAGGGCUCGAAGGCUGCUGUCGCGCUCUCAGCUGAGGCACGCUUGUCGGCAACCCUGCGAGCAAAUAAUGCUGCGCAGAGUCUCCCAGGGCCCGCCUCAGGGGCUGGUCCUCACCCCUCACCCUCACCCCAGUCUGAGGAUGCGUGGCCCCAUCGUUAUCCAUGACUGAUUGAAACUCUCAGACCUUCACACCCCACCUGUAUCAAAUUCUAACCUCUAACCCCUCUGUUUAUUUCUACAAGUCCUCAGUUUAUGAUCAUGUAAAUAUAUUCAUAACUUGUUUGGUAACAGAAGGAUGUGACAUUGACUGUGACUGAAAGAGUUGAACCUCUGAGAAUUUGCUUGUACAUAGUGUACCUGUGUGUGCGAGCCAGAGUGUGUAUGUGUGUGGUCAUGCCAACGACGCGAGGUUUAAGCCAUUCUUAGUUUUCAUGGUCGGACAUAGCAGCCAAUCUUUUUGUGAUCUUUGUGUUGGUGAUGAAUAGUUGUGCGCAGUCAUCACUUUGUACAGUUCUUUUGUUGGGGGGGGGGGGGGGGUCUUGGCUAUGAUCGGGUGGGAGAGGGGUAGGACUCCAUUAGUGGGAACCACAUCUUCAAACUCUCAAGAAAACUCAAGCCCAGUCAGUGUUGAAGAGUGAUGACCUGAACUCUUAAUCCAUCAAAGCUUCUUGACUCAAAAUGUUGUUAUUAAUGGCAGCUCUGCGGGUCUGAAAAUAGAAAAAAAAUAUAGAAAACAAAACCUGAAGGCAGCUUACAUCUAACAAAGCAAAAGUCUCUCACGUGUACCAGUGUAUAUCUCAUUAGGCUACAUCACUGUAGAUUCUUCUCAUCCAGUUUCUAUGGCUACCCAGCCCUGACAUGAGUAACAAAGCAUUUCCCUUGCAGAAGAAAGGGGGGCAUGGAUCUAUUAUGUUUCCCUACAGACUCUGAACUCCCUUCAACUUUUAGAGGCCAAAAAAGGUGCAAACUUUAAUCAACAGUGUUUCAAACCACCUUGAAGCAUCUCUUGUCUUCAUUGGAUUUCUACCUUGAAAGUUUAUACUUUUUCCUCUGCUAUGAUGCCUGUAAUUGUUGGUCAACUCACCCAGUCUUGAGGUGUGUUUGCAGUUUUUAAACCAGGUAUUGCCAUGCAUGUCUCCGACCGAUAGGUCACAUGACUUCUUCUCUUUUCAUUCAGAAUGUUUAUGUUAGUGUUUCCUUGUGUGUCAUGUGUUGAAUAUGAGCAGAAUAAUUAAAAAAAAGCAACCAACCAGG